GCACUCACUGCCUCUGGCUUCACCUGUUCGCAUGCACAUUUCUUCCCCUUUUUUCCCACUUGGGAUUGCCUUCCAUCGCCCCAUGAUAAUGCCCAGAGCCCUCAUGCCUUUAACAAUGCUGUCGUACGCGGGCUGCAGCUUGCUCUUCCUCUCCGCGUCCCUCGCCGGCGCCUCCCUGGCCGAGAUGGUGUUCCGCUGCCCGGGCUGCACGGCGGAGCGUCAGGCGCUGUGCCCGAAGCUCACCGAGGCUUGCGCGGAGAUCGUGCGUGAGCCGGGCUGCGGGUGCUGCCCCGUGUGCGCCCGGCAAGAGGGCGAGAUGUGCGGCGUGUACACCCCGAGGUGCUCCACUGGUCUGCGGUGCUACCCGACGCCCGACUCGGAGCUUCCCCUUGAGCAACUGGUGCAGGGCCAGGGCCAGUGCCGGCGCAAAGUAGACACCGAGACCAGCACCUACAUCCAGGAGCAGCGGGAGCAAACCAGCGGUGAGGCUGUGGAACCGCUGCCUGAGCAGGGUGUGAGCGAGAUCCCAGCAAUACGUAAACCCACCAAAGAGACCACCUGGCUGGGGCCCAAAGAGAGCGCCGUACGCCAGCACAGGCAGGAGAUGAAGACCAAGAUGAAGACCAACAAGGUGGAGGAGACAAAACCGGCACGGCCAAAACAGACUCAGUGUCAGCAGGAGCUGGACCAGAUCCUGGAGAGGAUAUCCAAGAUGCCCUUCAGAGACAACAGAGGCCCUCUGGAAGAUCUGUACGCCCUGCACAUCCCCAACUGUGACAAGAGGGGGCAGUAUAACCUCAAACAGUGCAAGAUGUCUCUCCAUGGUCAGCGGGGCGAGUGCUGGUGCGUCAACCCCCACACUGGCCGACCCAUCCCAUCAGCCCCCACUGUGAGGGGCGACCCUAACUGCAGCCAGUACCUCAGAGAGCUGGAGCUGGAACUCCCUGACACAGCCCAGAUAUAGAGCGGUGUUAAAAGCAAAAAAAAAGAAAAAAAAAAACUGUAAAGUACUUGGGAACAAAGAACAUCUGAGUAAGCUAUAUCUUAUCUUUCUGUGUGUAUGCGUCUCUAGUUCAGCGACAUGUGAAAACUUAGCCACCAAAAAGGAUUACACGGUAGAAUCCAGCUUGCUGCGUAGGACGUAACAGCAGAUUAUUUUAGGAGGAGUAAAGAUAAGACUCGUAGAUAUUCGGUAGAUGUCAGCUGGAGAGUCGGUGACUUGGCUUUACUAAUGUGACUUUGCUCUUAUCAGUGUUUUGUACUGUAUGUGUUGAAAAGAGGAAAAGCCUUCAACAUAUUUGGUGUUUUUAGGAGAUUUUUUUGUGUCAUAGCUUGCAGACUACUGUUACGCAACAUUAACAGAUUAUGCUAUUAAAAUGGUGAUAAAUUCAA